AGUGUAUGCAUAUUCUGUCUGUCUAUGGAGUUUCCAACUUAGUUUUACAGUACUUGUUUCUUUUCAACCCCAACAGUUUGUAUUUCUUUUGUGCAGUGAUAAGAGCCUUCUUGAUCACAGGUUGCUUUUGGCCUGACACGCCCAAAGUCAAAGCUCCAUGUUGCCAUUUUUCUGGAAGACCUUGAAGUCUUUAUGAUGUCAUCAGAAUUGGUUUUUUUAGCCAGCACUUGACGUUUCUACCUAAACUGUCAAAGUAUGCAUUUUGCAUUGCAAUUCUCCCCAUCUUCUUGUGCAUCUCCUCACUGGCAGAGCACGGGAAACUGAAAAGUUCUUGGUUCAAAGUAAGCACUACUUAACCGCCACCUACACUUUGGUGUGUUGCCAUCAUUAUUGGCACAGUAAUCCGAAACACAGUGUUGUCCCAGCUACUAGGUUGAGCAUUAACUCUAUCCCAGCUGCUGAGGUUUGGAAUAUUAGUUUUUUUUUUCCUGUAGCUAUCUAGAAGGUGUACAAAUCCUAGUUUAUUUACAUUCCCAUCUCUUAGGUACUUUGGGUAUUUAACAGCUGAUUUUUUUCUCAUUAAGGAGUAAUAUCCUGGAAAACAUCUGGCAAUGGCUAAGAGUUGAAUAUCCCAAACCCAGCUUUUGUUAGAUAAUAAUGGUUUUUAGUUAAUAUAUCAAAUAGGUACACAGAGCCAUCUUUGGGAGUAAAUAUACUGUUAAGACAAUUCACUAACUCCAUUUAUAUUAAUUGGAAAGGAAUUGUCCUUAACAAAGCAAUGUGCAGGAUAUCCUUACCAAUUGGAAGUUGAUAGUCAUGGGUUUUAAAAUAUAUAUGUUCUGCUGAUGUUUCACUGGGAAAGUCAGGGGCUGGUAUCAGAUGUGUUCUAGCAAAAGUUUUAAACACAAGUCUAAAAGAAAACUUCACCUCGUAAAGGAAUUGGAUGUCUGUAGUUUCCAAGUUAGCAUUGUAGUUCCUAAAGGUCAUGUCCUUGGCUUAUGGCAUAAAAUCCAAAACUGAGAUUAGACACUUAACAAAGCGUGGCUGAGGAGAUCAGUCAGGUGAUGCAGACCACUGCUGCAAGGAGCUGGCCCACAGGGCGGCCUGACAUUUGCAUGUUUUAACUCUCAGCCCUCUCCAGAGCUAAGGAGAAAGCUUACCUGUGAGUGUUUUCCAUGUUGACGUAGAAUUGUGGAAGAUGUUUGGAAGAUGAUGAAAAUUUGAUUUGGAACAUGUUUUUCCAUGUUUGGAAGAUGAUGGAAAUUUGAUUUGGGAAACCAGUUUAUUUUUUGUUUGUUUUUCUAUGUUUGUUGGCUAUGAAAGAAAACAUGGACGUGGAAAACUGCAAGUGAGCCACUUAUUUACAGUCAGUAGUAUAUUGGAGAUGAAGAACAAUGUCUAAACUGCUAGACCUUAUUCCCCAAGGGGGGACUUGUAGUGCAGUAUGUAUGAUUUAACCAAGUUUAGGGAGAACAAUAGGAGGAAAAAUACUUAGUAAUUUAAGAGUCCUGUAUAGCUGGGAGUGCGUUAUUUAAGAAUUAAGUCCAUUAGUUAGUAACUAAUUGAAUCUAUGCAUAAUUGAAUCUGUAAUCUGGAAGCCAUUUCCCUUCAGGUGGACCAAUGUCUCUACUGCAUGAACAGUGAACAAACAGCAGCUUGAAGCUGCCUGUAGUGUAUAGUGAAUCCCUGGCCCACUUAAAGCCUUUUAAAUCUGCCUGCAGUGGUAGGUAACAUGGUACAAAAGAUUGCUCAAAAUAGUCCUAAAGUGAACCUAUUGCCAAGCAGUCUGUGAGCAAGAGCCAUUUUUGAUUCUUGGUUUUUGCUUCCAGGAUUUGGUGGGUUGUUUUGGGUUUUUGUGGGGUUUUUUUUGGGUAAUAUAAUUCGUUAUUAAUGCAGUAAUAAUAUUCAUUACUGUAUUAAUAGUCCCCUUACUCUCCACUUAUCUGCAGAGUUGCACACAGUCUGUCAGGUGAAUUAGGGGGGUUCAUGCUCCCUUCAGCACGAGGCACAGGACCAGCUGGUGCUGAGGGUAGAGUGCUGGAUGAACUGUAAAGCUGCCAUGGUGUCUGACAGGACAUGUUCAGCAGCCUGAGAAGGAAGCCUGGAGGGUUUCACCAUGGGCAUAUAGUGACUUAAAUCUAUUUCCUGUUAAAAUGUCUCUAAUGAAUGACAUUUGUUUGAACUAGUAGUUAUUUUAUGACAUUCGACAGGAUUGCUCCAGUUCUUUUAUUUAUGAUUAUGUGAAGUUAAAAGAGCCUCGAAAAUGUCAACUUUUCAUAUUAAUUUACUUUUUUUAAAAAUGAAAAUGUUUUCUUAUUUAAAAUGUCUCAGAAAUUUUAGUACCCUAAAAAUUUCAUGUUUUUGAAGUAAUGAUACAACAAUUUCAGCUUCUUUUGUAAGUAGUUUAGCAUUCAAACUGAAAGGUGUGUGUCAAAUUUCAGGCUUAAGGAAAUCCCGACUGACAAAACUCUUAAGAGCUGGAGGAAAAUAUCUGUAGUUUUGUAAUGGAAAUACCAAAUCAACCUUAACAAUUUGUGACAUGGAUAUAUUAAUAUAUCCAUGGUUUUAUAAUUUAUAGCAGAUUAGAGGAAGUAUCUAUAACUACUUUGUAUUGGAAGUUUAACAGAAUGGUUUUCCUUUAUCAAAUAAAAUGUUAGUUCCAAAUAUGCAUUCCUUAAAGGAUGACCUAGGAGUCAAGUUGUUAAAUGAAAAUAUCUGGUGUAUACCUUGGAGAUUUAUCUUGUUUGCUCUUUUUCUCUUAGGAAGCCUGACAAAUAGAAAAACACAACAAAGUGAAGAGAAAAUUUACUUCAUGAGAACUGAGCUCUGCUUUCAUUUGCUUUUAAAUUUAUUUGUAUUAGUUGCUGAUUAGUGUCAGAUCAUCUCUGUGGUCUGCUGUGGUGAAAUUUCUAGGUUAAGCCUGGAAAAAAUGAAACAGUUAAAAAGAAAAAGAAAAAGCAAUUUUAGUGUUCAGGAAACUCAAACUCUCCUUAAGGAAAUCAGAAAAAGGAGAGAAGUACUCUUUUCGAAGCAACUUAAUACAACAAUAAAUGAGAUGAAACGUAAAGCUUGGGAGGAAAUAGCAGAGUGUGUCAAUGCUGUAGGUGAAGGAGAGCAGAGAACAGGGACAGAAGUGAAAAGGCGAUACCUUGACUGGAGAGCACUCAUGAAGAGAAAACGUCUGAAUGCAAACAUCAAAGUAGUAGGUGCUGGGUUUCACCUUCCUUCAUCCAAUUUAGAUGAAUCUCUCAAUGAAGACAUGGAUGAGAAAAUGGGAUUUGCAAUUGAAUCUAGUUUUGAGUGGCAAAAUAUCACUGACUUCAGAGAAGCCGGUGGAUCUUUAACAGAAAUCAAAGUAGAAGAGGAAGAGGAAGACCCGCAGAAUUUUGAAUUUCCUAUUGAGGAAGAAGAAGAAAUAUUGUCAUCAGUUCUGCCAGAUUCAAAAAAGGAAAAUGACCUACCAGACUUCCCCCACAUUGAAGAGUUUGGAAAUCUGAGCUCUGCUCAAGCUAGGCUAGCCUAUGAAGAUUCUCACUUGCUCAUAAAUCUGGAGAAGCAAAAGGUGGAGCUGGAGAAACAGCGACUGGACAUCGAAGCCGAAAGAUUGCAAGUGGAGAAAGAGCGCCUGCAGAUUGAGAAGGAGCGGUUGCGGCACGUUGACUUGGAGCGUGAGCGGCUUCAGAUUGAGAAGGAGCGACUUCAGAUAGAGUGGGAGAAAUUCAGGCUAGAGACUCUGCAUGCUGAAAAACCUGCCCUGGAAAAUGACCUCACCCAAACUGAAAAACCCGUCAUGCAGCCUCUGGAUCUAGAAACUGAAAAGUUAAAACUCGAAAAAGAACGUUUGCAGUUAGAGAAAGAGAGGCUGCAGUUCCUAAAGUUUGAAUCAGAAAAGCUGCAGAUUGAGAAGGAGCGCUUGCAAGUGGAGAAGGAGCGCCUUCGAAUUCAGAGAGAGGGUCACUUGCAGUGAAUGUCUCAGCUAAGGUGUCAACGUUAGUGUUUUGAUGUUUCUAAAUUAGAAGUAGUUCUUUCCUUGAUACUGAAACUGUCCUAGAGGCUUAACAUUCUUCUGUUCAGAGUUGAAUGUUGAUGUUAAAUUGAAAAAAAAAAUGGUGCUCAAUAUGUCAGUGUGCCUACAUAAAUGAUCUUAUGUGUGAAAUUGCUUUUCAAUGUAUCAGAACUUAAGUGUUAUGUUCUCUUGUCUUCAGUAUUGUGCUGUAUUAGUUCGGUGUCCUCCUCUCAUGGAGGCCGUGAGAAGAGUCCAGGCUGAACCUUGUACGUUUUGUCACCGUACUAACAGGAAGGAUCAGAAUAAAUCAGCUUGGUGUGAGAACAAGUGGUGCUGACAAUAGCCUAUAUGGUAAAGAAGUAUAAUUUCUGCAGAACACAGGAAUACAGAGUCAUUAUGAGAGCAAUUCAUUAAAUUUUAUUCCCUCCCCCCCUUUUCUUUUCUCCACCCCCACAAUUGGGAAAAACAGUUGAAGUGUUAUCUAGAAGUUAAAGUGCAAGUUAAAUUCAUUGCAGUUAUGUUUACUGUUGUUCCAUGGCUUGAACUGAAUAGGAGUACAGAAAAUAGGUUUGAGGGUUUUCUUUGGGUGCCAUAUUCAUAUUAGGCAAAGUUACACAUCAGCGAUACAUACUGUGAGCUGGCCUGUUGGCUUCACCAGGCCAUUAAUAAUGGUGUAUGGAGUAGAACACCUGUGUUGGCAUAGGACAGGGUUUUACCGAUUGAUCAGGCAUGCUGUCUGAUUAGUCUGUGAUGACCCCCUGAAGGAAGUUGCUAGACUUUGUUCUUGGAAGCCAGUAGCUGGUGAUAGGAAUCUCAGAAGUGGAGACUAAGCACAGCCUAAAAACCUCUGAGCUUGAACACUUCUACACUCAUUGCUGGUUCUGCCUGGCCAGCACCAAGGUCUGGCUGCAAGGCAACCAGAAGAGGCUUCUGUGGCUCUCUAUGUAAUAUAUUUUAAUUAGACACAGAAAUGGUCAGUGCUGAAGGCUGUUAGUAUUUUUCAUAGGCAAUAGUAGUCAUAUAAUAAAAAAAAAAAAAAAGCCAAGGAAGGAAGCUUUCUGUUAUUUCAUAUAUGUUUAAAUCCCAACUGAGCCAGACUUCACCUUUCUUAUCUUUCUGCAAGUAACUGUCUUGUUAACUCCAUUGGAAAUAUAGAACUGUGGGAAUACUAAGUCUGAACAUACGUUGAGUGACUUAGGUGAAUUCGUGUGCAAGUAAAUAAUAUUUAUACCACUACAGGUUUACUUUUAUUCUGCAAAGAUUAUUUUUUUAUUACUGAAACAAGUGUGCUCUACAAUGGAAAUAAAUUUGACUACUACACUCCAA